GGUUAAUGCAUAAUAAUAAGGGACAAGUAGCAGAUACGGAAGCCCUAGGCCUUAGUUCGGGCCUUAGUUCGGAAGCCCGUGGAGUCGCAAAGCAUAGGAUGUUUCGGUUACGUUCGCACGCGGGGCAGCGAGAGAUAUGCAGUACGGAACAUCACGUGAGCAAAAAAGUUUUUGCAACGGCAAAGUCGGGAGAUCGCAUUACGGGAUUACAGUCAACAUUGCAUGCAGAUUUACCAUAUUUGAGAGUUGAGCAAGAUUACGCAAUGAUGGGAGACAACGGGUCCGCAAAGGACAACAAUCUGGAUAUUCAAGUAGUGUUGCUAGAAUGA